UCCUGGGUGUCCAGCCCCCGCCUUGGGCCUCGUUUCGCUUGGGGUGGGUGCUGAUUCAGUCCCGGCGUGACUCCCGUGUGGACGUGUUUGCUCCGGAGCCAGCACCUGGCUCCUACUGGGGCCCCCUGCAGGCCCUCCCUGUGCUAGGGAGAGGCCGGGAUGGUGGCGCCGGGGGCCGGGCUCCGCUCCGGCCGGGUGUGCGGGACCGCGGCGGGCGGGGCAGGGGGAGGCGGCCGCGGCCGGGAAGCGAAAGUGAAAGGGGGAGAGUCGGAGCCAGGAAGCGCCGCUGCAGCCGGUGUGAGUGACACAAUGACGGAUUCAGAAGAGGAGUCCUUUGUCCGCCUGCCUGAUGCGCUCAAACUGGAGAACGGCUCCCUCGCGAUGAGCCCCGAACGCCUGCAGCAGGAGAUAGAGAAAUUCAAGGAGCAGCGCCACGUGCUGGAGCAAGAUGGGCUGGAGCUGCGUGCGGCGAAGGAAGCCGCGGAGCGGAAGACCCGAGGGUUCCAGAAAGAAGCCAAAGUGCUCCGUGAGAAACUGGAGCGCGAGACGUCUCGGAGCAGGGAGCUGGAGCCCCCCUUCCAGGAGCUUUGUUUGGCGAAGGAGGAGAGGAGCAAGUUGCUUGAGCAGAAGCAGGAGCUGGAAAAGCAGCUGGCGGAGCUGGAGGAGAGGAGAGUCGCCUUGGAGGAGCAAGCUAAGGCGCCGCUGGCCCUUCCGGACAGAACGAUGGUGUUCAAGGGUCACGUGGCGGAGGACGGACUGGCCUGGGCGAGAGGCCCCAGCGUUCUCCCCCUCGCCCGGGGCUCUUUGUGCCGCCGUGACUGGGAGCCCUGCUGCUUUCCCAGACGCCGUCUCCCCCGGCGCUGCCAGGCCUCCCUGUGGGGCAGCUGCGCGCGACCUAGCCCCUCCUGCGGGGGAUUCCCUCCCCGAGCCGCCUGCCCGGCGCGCCCAGGCCUGAGGGGUGUCUCCCCGCUUGCAGUGGCCCAGCGGAUCCUAGACAUGAAGUGGCACGAGGUGAAGCUGGACGAGAGCACGGGGAGUGAGGGCCGGGUGCGCAUGCAGGCCAGGCCUGUGGAGCUGCUGCUGCCCUCAGCCCUGGAGAUUGAGCUGGAGCUGAGUGACCGGAGCAUCCUGCUGUCCAACCUGCCCCGGCUGGAUCUCACCGAGGAAUUGCUGCUGGACAAGCUGGAGCUGUUCUUUAGCAAGAGGAAGCACGGGGGCGGCGAGGUGGAGCGGCGGGAGCUCCUGCACGACUCCGGGAACGUGGUGCUGACCUUCGUGCACGAUGGAGUGGCGGAGCAGCUAGUGAAGAAAGGACGCACCCAAGUCCCCAUUGGGAAGCAGACGUUUGAGCUCAAAGUGACGCCGUACACAAGUGGAGAGAUCCGAGACCUGCAGCUCCAUCCGUCCGUCUGUGCCAGGACCGUGCUCCUGUCGGGGAUCCCGGACGUCUUGGACGAGGAGUCCAUGAGGGACGCCCUGGAGAUCCACUUCCAGAAGCCCAGCCGCGGCGGAGGCGAGGUGGAUGCCCUGGGCUACGUGCCGACGGGGAAGCAGGCGCUCGCUGUCUUUGAGGAGGACACGGACUGAAACGCCUCUGGGGAGG